AUGUCCACUUUUUCAAGUUGUUUUAUAUCUGAUGUUAAAAAUGAACUUCAACAACAACGUGAACAACUUCAACAACAACAAGAACAAGUACAACAAUUAGUAAAACAACUUAUUGAACAACAAAAAAUAAUUAAAACAAAACCGAUAGAUAAUUUACAAAUGGCUUCAUCUUCUCAUUUAACUUCAACUCAAACAUCAUUAUCAACCCUAAUUGUCGGCGUUGAACAUGAUGCAGUAAAACGAGAUAUAAAUGGUUAUGAUACUAAAAAUGAUAAAGAGGAAAUGAAAUUGAAACAAAAUAAGAAUUCACAUAAAGCUAAAUCAAAUGAAAUGACAUAUCAUUAUGUACCUGUAUUUGCCGAAGAAGAUCAGAUGAAAUUCGAAGAAUUAUUUCCUGAUUAUUCCAAUAUUAGAAAGUCAUUCGACUAA